AUGAACAAUACUAAAUUAGGGUCAAUGAUUAUUAAUGAAGGCUAAAGAUUUGAAUAGUAGCCAGCUUAAAAUUUUUAGUAAAAUUAAUAUUUGGAUAUCGAUGAUAGGGACGAUUCUAUAUUUCCUGAGAGAUCACCAAUUAUAUUAGACUAUCCUUUGAGGCCAGAAUAUCCAGCAUUUGUAAAAUAGGAAUAGGUCAAGGAUGAUAUUAAGGAGGAAGAACUUAGAGAUAAAAUUAUAAGAACAAAAAAGUAGUUUAAAUAUGAAAAGAUGCAUCCCAUAAGAGAAUAAACACUCGAAUAUUAAAUGGGUGUAGAGCCUAAAACUAAACUGGAUACAAUUCUAUAAAAUUAUGAGCCAUAUGAUAAUGAUUUUAACUAUGCUAAAAUAGAAAAGUUAAGUUAUGAGUAUAUGUAUGAUAGGAUAGACUAAAAUCUAAGCACUUUCAAUAAAAUAGAAACGCUUUUUGGCAUAUUUAAGAAGAAGAAUGAAAAUCUUAACUUCUUUCUGACUGAUGAUGAUAAAAUAGAAGAUAUAAUUGAUACAAAUGUGAGUAUUGUUUAUAAGAAAUAUGAAAAAAUAGAAGAGGCAAGAAAUAAAAAUAAUAACAAUUAAAAGAAAAAUAGUAGGCAAGAAGAAUUUAAUAUGACCACUUCAAACAGAAAUUAGUUAGAUUUAGCAGAUUAAAACACAAAAAUUAAUUUAGUUGCUCAAGUUGAUACUCACUCACAAGGAAAAGAUUUCUUUUUUGUUAGUAAAGGCGACAAUUAUGAACUAGUUUAAGAAUACCCUGGUACUAAUUUUAUCGAAAUUAGAAAUUUUGACUAAGUAGGCAUUUUUAAGAAAAGUGAUUUUGAAUAACUUCCUAUCAAAUAAAGCUCUUAAACUCAAGCUUUUAAUAACAACUCUAAUCUCUCUAGCAGCUUUGUUCAUCAUUUAGAUUCUUAAAUAAGAUAAUAAGAUUUUUUAUCUUCAUAAGACUACUCUGAAAUAAUAAAUCCUCCAAAAAAAAACAGUAUAGCCGGUAAUAAUCCUCAUUCAUUGCAGCCUGGUAAAAAAAGUUAUAUGCCUAAGAAAACAACAGGUAAUUUUUUAGUAACUCCUAGUAAAAAUACUAUGAAUAGCAGUUUGAUCAAAAAUUCCCCUUAAUUAUCUACAACUUCAUCUAAACGGUACUGA